UACCAAAGAGGGACGGCUACAUAAACUCUGUCUGGCAGUAAUCUGCGGUGAUAUGCUAGAAAAAUCAAAAAAAAAUUACGAACGGUGCUAAAAUACCAAAGUCUUUCGGCUUUUCCCGGUUAGGGAUCGCCACAGCGGAUAACCAAUCCACACACUGAUUGGCAGAGGCGUUUUUUACGGUGUCGAGUUACCAGCCCGGCGCUCAACCUUCCGCAUAGGAGCUUCAGCCCAAAAUCGAACCAGAGAAGCCCUGGCUGUGUUAAAAUAUUAAAAAAAAAAUCAGUAAGACUCGAGAAUAACCUACUCCAAAAUACAACCUGCAUCCUUCGCCUUCAACUCCACCGCCAAACUAGACAGGGGGCAGAAAUCGUGACGUAAGGACGUCAGCAUGCCUCACGUGACUGAAGGACGCUGCCAGCUUCUGUUCUCUGAUGGGAACUGGCACAACGGUACUCAGAACGAGAGAAUGGCUGUGACAGUAGGAUGUAUGCGCAGGUUUGGUUGGCUAGGACUGACAAUAGUCCUGAGAUUCUCGUUCAUGGUCAUCAAUAACCUUGUUGCUAUUCCGUCUUAUAUUUUGUAUUUGAUAUUGCUGCAACCUCUCAGACUAAUGGAUAGUCAGCUAUUUUGGCAUAUCGAAGGAGUGAUGUUCAAAUGGCUCCUAGCAAUGGUUUCGUCCUGGGGAUGGAGUGCAGGAUAUACAGUGCUCGAAUGGGGAGAUGAUGUGAAAGGGAUCUCUGAAGACGAAGCCAUGGUGAUAGCUAAUCAUCAAUCAACAGGGGAUGUCUGCACGUUAAUGAUGUGCCUACAAGACAAAGGAUCGGUAGUUUGUCGAAUGAUGUGGCUGAUGGAUCAUAUAUUUCGGUACACCAACUUUGGGAUUGUGUCUUUGAUUCAUGGGGAUUUCUUCAUAAGACAGGGAAAGGCAUAUCGUGACCAACAACUGGUGUUACUAAAGGACCAUUUAGAAAAAUACUAUAGAAGUCGGGACAGGAAAUGGAUUGUACUGUUUCCAGAAGGGGGAUUUCUCCGAAAGAGGAGAGAAACCAGUCAGGCGUUUGCCAAAAAAAACAACUUGCCCUACUUAACACAUGUCACAUUACCAAGGCUGGGGGCAGCCCAAAUUAUUCUGAAAACACUGGGUGCUCAACAGGAAAAUGGAACAAUAGCAGGUGAAAAUUCUGUAGCAUCUGUGAGAAAGCCAGCCAGCCUUCAGUGGGUUGUAGACGUUACCAUUGGAUACCCUAGUGCAAAUCCCAUAGACAUCCAGACAUGGAUACUUGGUUACAGGCCGCCAACAGUGAUACAUGUGCAUUAUAGGAAAUACCCAGCAAAAGAGGUUCCCAUAGAAAGUGAAGCCCUCAGCAGCUGGCUGUAUGAGCGGUUCAUUGAAAAGGAAGCUCUGCUGGAACAUUUUUAUAAAACAGGAACUUUUCCACCAUCUGAAGGACAGUCAGAGGCUGUUUCCAGGGAGAUGAAACUCUACCCUUUAUCUCUGCUCCUUAUUCAGUCUUUUGCAUUUGUAUCGGGCUAUCUUUGGUACAGUGUCUUACAGUAUUUGUACUGCUGCCUAUUUUAAACAGGACACAAAUGGCUUUUCAUGGAGGACCUAGGAACCAGUGAACCCACAGCUUGUCAUUCUUGAGUGAAUGUGAUUUUGAGGGGCAAGGAACCCAGCUGCACAGAUUAAUUUGCGUCCUUUUUUGGAGGGAAUCAGCACCAAUUAAACUGUCAACAUAAUGACCGUACAGUGAGUUUUUAGUAAGUGGAGUAUUUUAAGGAAGCUGAAUUUCCCUGUCCUAUCUCCUCCUCUGCUUCCCUCCUAACCAGAAAGUAAUGAAGCCUUUCACCAAGAAGACGUUAAGCCAUUGAACUGGACCUGGACCUGGUUUCUGUGAUGCAAGCAAGCCCUGUAGAUCAAGGCAACUUUUUUUUCCAGCCUUGAAAUCCUACUAGUUCUGCUUCUAGGCCUGGCAUCUAGGCUUUGUGAUGAUCCUGUUUCAGAUACUGUUUCUGCCAGUUGUAAAAUGAGAAGCAGCCUUUGAAAUCUAAUUACAUAAAUACUGCAAAACUGCCCACCAGAAGAUCAGAUGAUGAACAAGAAGUGCCCAUCUGAAGUAGUACACAGUUCUGAUGCAGUGAGCCAAGGAGAUGAAUGUAGAUGCAUGUACUGUCUUCUAGACCCCUGCUUCAGCUGAAAGCAUACAUGUCUGUGGUGUAUCUCCUGGAAGAAAGCUGACAAAUCCUAAGGUGUAAUACUGUAGUUGAUGCAGCCCUCAUUUACUACUAAGGCAAAUGCAAUGUUUUUAGCAACAGUCUGACAGGAAUCUCAAAACAAAUAGACUUGCCACUAGCACAAUAGGAAUGCAUAAUGAUCCACCCUGAGCUUCCAGAACAGUUUGAGUGCUUGUGGAGUUGGUAUCUGUUAUACCCAUUUACUCAUAUACCCUAGAUGUUCGGUCUCAGAACCUUGCUGUCAAUAAUGUAAGAUUACCAACAGUCUGAUUGACAUUUGGGCACAGGUGGGUAAUGUCUUUCAGAACUCUGAGCUGGUAGUGGUUGCACUGAAGAGUCCUAAUUUGUUAUAAUAAGCUGAUAAAUAGUUAAUGAAUUUUGUUGAUUUUUUACAGGAAUACUGUUUAAGUGCCAGGGCCAUUGUUAUGUGUAGUUUGGGAAGUGAGGAGGAGCAGCAACAGUUAAAAUGUCUAGUGAAACUGAGUAGUUGAGGUUAUUACUUGUCCCUUGUCCUCAACUGUUAGCUGUGGGUUUCUUAUUAUGAACUUGUUGCACAUACCAUUUAGAUAUUGUUGUUACAGUUUGAAAUCAUUGUCAUAGACACUGACAAAUCAAUCAUGGGAACCCUCUGAACUGUAACAAUCUCAAGUGCAACAAAACAAAGCAGAAGGAUGAAGGGCUAGUGAGGAGUGAAGCCAUGUACAAGCAUUAUUUCUGUGUAUUUUUUAUUUUACUUGUUGUGGUAACCCUUUGUACCUCAAGCCACUUAAUCAUAGUUAGCACAAUUUUUUUAAUUAUUAUUUUUUUAUUUGCAUAUUCUGUAGCUACAGAAGGGGAAGUUUUAUCUAGUGUAGCAGAGUCUUAACAGUUCUGCUCAGUACAGUUAUGAAUAAUUAAUAAAGAAAAGUAUGUUAUAGACAGGAAUUCAUAUGCAAUGAUGUUACAGAACUGUGAUGAUAAAGAAAUGUGUGUGUAUGUGUGUGCACAUCGUGAUACCAUGAUAUUUUCUCCCAAGAUGCCUAAUACACCAUUACAGAUUCAUUUUCUGUUCUGGCAUUAAGUCAGAAAAUAAUUGUACCGUGAGUAGUAUUCAUUGUAAAAUGCUACAUUAUCAGAAUUAGCUUAAAAUGGUAUACAACACUGUGACUGCUGUUCUGAAUUUUAUUAUGUGAAGUCAAAUUAGCUUCUAAAGAAAAUAUUUGAUCUGGUGCAUCUUUAGUUAGGAUGCUGUGAAGUUAAUCCACCUACUGACAUUUUAUGCAUUACAGAAUUCUAAUGGGAAUUUGACUGGAGUAAACCUGCUGUAAAUUGCUGGAGUUUGCAGGUAGGGCAUCAUCAAUACCCCAUAUGCAAAACAUUAGGGUAGCAUGUUUUUCUGCAGCAACAUCUGUGGCACUUACACAUGUGUACAGCUUGUCUCAGCAUCACUAGUUUACAACACAGGUGUAAUAACCAACGUUUAGUACACUGUUGACUAUAAACUUUCAGUAGUGAAGUAUUGCCAUUAGUAUAUAUGAUUUAUAAGAUGUCAGAAUAAUGAUGAUAUAGACCAUUCAGAGCCCAUGGACCUCUGCUGGUAGGUAGUUUAAGACUCUGCAUCAUAUUAUGAAAAUUGAAUAACUUGCAGUGAAAAGCACAGAACUGAAGAGACCUGUGCAUCCAUUUCUUGGUGAGUAAGGAAGGAUUUCAGGGAAGAGCAGCACCGCACUCCUUUCACUGGGGUGCAUUGCAUUGCACUGUAAUUAUCAUGUUUGUCCCUGGAGUUGAGUGGGGUGUAGUUUCAUCUGCCAGUUUAAUGUUAAUGAAGAGGGUUAUGAGUAGUGCAGCGCCACUUGUUUCAGAAUUUGCUCAAUAUUGAUAUCACAGUUAGUACGCCUGGUUAAUAUUUCUUUGUAACUUAAAAGUAUGAAGUAUGGCAAACGUGGUCUUCAAAGGCCUGUCCAUGAUGUGUUCAUUACAAGGAGGUGUACCUUGUGCAUUAAAGUAAAAAAGAGCUGCUUUAAGAAAAUAACUUCACUUAGAGUAGAAUGAUCCGGAAUGAUAGUGACCUCAGCACUAGUCCUUACCUGUAGGGUUGUCUGUGCAAGUGAGAUGAGCACUUGUCUGCUUAUGUAAAGAAAUGUACUCUGACCAUUCUGACUUAGUGCACCACAGCAACGAAUAGGAGCAGUGGAGAAGAAGCUGCACCACUGAUGACAUGAAACUAACUUGUAUUAGCCUGCUAUGCAAGUAUGCAUCCUACCAUUCCUUCAUGCAGCACGUUCUGUACUUGCAAGAGUGUUACUGAGACUAUAACAGCUCUAGUCAUUCAGCAGCGACUGUUUUAAGAUGUACAGGUAGAGACAGUUCUGUCCAACUCAGCCAGGGUUACGAUAGUCUUCAGGGACAUCUAGUUUGUGGCUACCUGUCAUUGCAGAAUUCAGUGCACUCGUAAUAAAGUGUCAUUAAAAGUACAGACAGAGCAACAUUUCUGGACGUAUUCAGUUGUAUUUGUGGGAAACUGAUUUUAAUUUCUGGAGCAGUUGUGACAUUGCUUACUAUCACGAGAACUUGUGAUUACUAGUGGACUGAAAUCACAUUUAUUUUGGAAUACAACAUCCUCAUUGUCACUGUUUUGGGAGCAGUAUUGCUGCAUAUCAAAUAACUGCACCCUGACCUUGGUUUUAAUGAUCAUGACAAAGAUAUAUGUAUUUUAUUUUAUGAUUACUGGUAUCAUGUAUUAAUUCUGUCAUUUUAUUGAUUAAAGAAAACAGUUGUCCAAA